CGGCAGCUCCGUCUCAACAUGAAGGUCCUAGCAGCUAUCUCUCUCCUCUGCGUUCUCUCCUUAGGGUAUUGCCAGCAGGGCAAUUUGGUGGAACUUGCUGAACAGCUUGGCGCCAAGACUCUGGUAGCCCUGGUCAAGGAGGCUGGUCUCGCGGACACUCUUGCCACUGGAGGUCCAUUCACCGUGUUUGGUCCCACCGACGAGGCCUUCACCAAACUGCCACGUUUCAUUGUUGAACACCUGAGGAAGAACAAGACAGCUCUACAGGAUGUCCUCAAGUACCACGUGGUCAGUGGAAAGGUUUACUCCUCUCAGCUCUCUAACGAACUUCAGGCAGCUUCCUUGUUGAGUCCUGCCAAGAUCAGGAUCAAUAUAUACGGCAAGGUAGGAUAUUGGUGA